AUGAAACUUGCUACUUUGCUUCCUUUCCUCGCUUUGUCUAUUACUGCUGUCUCUGCUUUUGACAAGAUUAUUGCUUACGCUGAUAGUUUUACUGACAAUGGCAACGACUACCGUGCUUCUAAGUUCCCUCCUUCGGGACCCUAUUUUGAGGGAAGAUUCAGUAAUGGCCCUACGUGGUUAGAGUAUGUCAAUGAAAACUUGACAGGCAUUGCAGUCAUCAACAAUGGUCAUGGAGGUGCUACUACGAACAAUGCACAAUGCUACAGUUCUUUCAAUGAGUACAUUGUACCUGGCCUCAAGGAGCAAAUCUUGACUACCUAUGUCAACGGUACUGCUGAUGAUUUGUAUUUGAUUUACAUUGGCUACAACGAUUUGAAUGCCAUUGUCAACCCUGAUCAAUAUGUUAUUGUCGACAAGAACUACACCAAGGAAAAGGUCUGUCAAAACGUUGUCGAUAGUGUCGAGCUUUUGAUCAAUAUGUAUGGAGCCAACAACUUUCUUGUUAUGAGUGUCCCUCCUUUCGAUCAAUGGCCCGUUGUCAAGGAUGAAGAUAAGGAAUCCGCCAAGAAGUUGGUUCACGAUUACAAUGCUCUGGUUGAGUCCGAGCUCCCCAAGAACCAUCCCAAUGUUACCUUUCAAUUUUUGGAUGACAAUGCCUGGUUCGUUGAACAAUUGAAGAACCCUGAAAAUGUUGGUCAAGAAACUUCCAAUGGUCCUUGUGCUUGGGGUAUCGGUAACACUACUGCUUGUGAUGACCCUGAGAAGCAUUUCUUUUUCGACAGCUACCAUCCAUCUAAGGAAGUUCAUGCUGCUUUCGGCGCCUGGGCUACUGAGCAAAUCAAGUCCAUGUAUAACAUCAAGUUGAACUAA